CCACAUCCCCCAGCAACGAAGAGGUGCAACAAGGUAGCGACAAAGAGAAUGCAGCUCCAGUCCGUUCGUUGCUUUCACCCCGUCCCCCAUUCUUCCACCACCCUAUCUCUCGGUAAUUUCGGGUGGAAAAACGUCGGAUUUCGACCUGGAAACGCCUCUAAGAGGGCAAGUAAGGUGUUCUCCUUUUUGCCUGACUUGGAGAAUUCUCAUGGAGUAAAAAAGGUGGUUCUUUCUACUCCCAAUUCAAAUGCUCGCCCCAUGGCGGACACUCCAAAUUCUGGUGUGGUUCAAAGGUCUGGUUCUGUUGGGAGGAUUGGUUUGGACCCCUUCCGUGGGAAGUCAGGUUCAGUUUCUUUCUGUGGAUUGACCCACCAGCUGUUGGAAGAGAGGAAAUUGGUUUCAUCCCCUUUCAGGGAUGGUACGGGGUCGUAUGUUUGGGCUGUCGGCCCAGUCGCAUUGAUAUUGUCACUGGUCCUUCCCCAAUUUUUCCUUGGCAAUGCUAUUGAAAUAUUACUCAAAGAUGAGAUUCUUGCAGAAAUUGUAGCAUCAUUGUCUUCAGAGGCUAUAUUUUAUGCCGGGCUUGCUGCAUUUCUAUCUAUAACAGAUCAUGUGCAGCGCCCAUAUCUUGACUUCAGCUCAAAGAGAUGGAGCCUCAUCACAGGCCUCAGAGGAUACUUGUCUUCUGCCUUCUUCACCAUGGGUUUCAAGGUGUUUGUUCCUAUUCUUGCUGUAUAUGUUGCUUGGCCAGUUAUUGGUCUCCCAGCUGUGGUUGCAGUUGCUCCAUUUCUACUCGGAUGUGCAGCUCAAUUUGCAUUUGAGAUGCAUGUUGACAAGCGUGGUUCAUCUUGUUGGCCUGUACUGCCAAUUAUCUUUGAGGUAUAUAGAUUGUUUCAGUUAAAUAAAGGAGCACAUUUUAUUGAAAAAUUGAUGUUUUCUAUGAGAGGAUCCUCCAUGACCCCUGCAUUAAUGGAAAGAGGUGCAACAUUGGUUUCCAUGCUAGUUGUUCUGCAAGUCCUUGGUGUUGUUUGUUUGUGGUCCUUGACUACAUUUCUUCUAAGACUCUUCCCUUCUAGACCUGUGGCAGAGAACUACUAAAUGUGUUGUUGGCUAACUUCACCUGUCACGGAGACUGUUGGUCCUGAAUUGGAAGCGGAAAAUGGUCCUCAGUGGCAUUCUUUGCCGCUUUGCCUUGGUCCUCAACAACAGAGGUUACAGUCAACUGCAAAUUUAUGGCCUCGGGGCCUCUUGAUCUGCAUUGCUGUAUUAUAUUUGCCUUUGAUGGUUCUGAUGUAACCUGUGCUGUGAAAAGAACUGAAUUUUAGUUAUCAUCUUUCUGAUAACUUUCAUAUGUACGAAAUUAGUCCAUUUUUCUCCAUUGUACCUCACAUUUUUUAUCUCACUGCCCGUGCUUGAUCUUUACUUAUGUACUUGAAGAUUGAGAACAAGGAUCCCAACCAGAAUUUUAUGCAUGAUAGCAAAUUUUGCUUA